AUUUAAUAUUAAUAAUAAUAUUGAGCACAGCAAAACCCAGUCCUUUAUAUAAUGGCUUUGACUCAGUGAAAGAGAGAGAAGAGAGAAGAGAGAAGAGACCCUUUCGAGUUUUAUUCAUCCAUUUUCCUCUGACAAAUCCCAAAACCCACAUUCAAACUUAACCAGAAAACGUAAGAAAAAAAAACUAUAGAAGAGACCCCUUUUUGGGGUUUCGUUUUAAUUUUUAGAGAAUCGAAAAGAAAACAACAAUGGAAGAUUACAUGAAAGAAUGUAUGAGAAAGUUGGCUUUAUGGCAUACAAGAACCUUCAAACCCAUCAUGACCCAUGACGAGUUAGAACCCAUUAUGGCCACCUUAGGCUUCGUGGGUCUACCUCCGUCAACGGCGGCGGUGGGUUCCGGUAAUAUUUGGAAGGAAUACGUCUGCUCAGCUGGUCGGUGGGUCGCUAAUAAUAACUCGGCUGAGCCACCGCCGAGGCCCAAGUUACCGUAUCCAAAGAUUGAUGGUCUUCAUAUCUAUACCUAUAGAGCUUUUACAGAAGCCGUCAACUUCUACCUCGAGAUGGGUAACUUCUCCGAUCUCUUCCAUAUUAGGGGUAUGCCGCUCUCUCGAAGCUUGGACCGAAACAGGAAAUGGCGGAAAAUGGAAGAAGAUGAAAGUGUGUUUGUGUACAGAGAUGGAACCAUAGAUCAAGCAACAUAUAAUCUGUAUCACUUUCCUAAGAACAACACCACCACCAACAACAACAACAAUGGAAAUGGAGUCAGUAAUGAGAACAAGCCCAAGUCUAUUGGACUUAGAAGCAAGGGAAAUAACAGUCCCAAUAGCUGUGUUGUUCCUUGGAAAGAUAUAGUUCCAUGCCAGUAGUAAAGGUUGGAGAAAGUGUAAGCAAGAAAAGAAAAUGAAAAAAUGGAAAAAAAGAAAGAAAAAAGAAAACUUUUUGUUUGAUUUUUUAUAGAAGAGAAUCUAAAGAAUCAAUAAAAAUGUUAUUUUUAC